AUGGCUAACGAGCCCUCUUGUCCCAGGUAAGUCAAAUAUUUAAAACUCUUUUGGAAUAACGCAAAAAAAGUUCAGCGAAGCGAAUUCAAAUUUUUUUGCAAGUCAUAACUCGAGCCAUGGCCUGAGGGUGUGAGGCAGAAAACAAAAAAAAAUGAAAAAUUGAGCCCGCCCAUUACGCCGCGAUAGGAAGUUAUGCAGAGCUAAUCAAGUAUAAACCCGACUAGUUUGGCCAGGACUUAUCACAAGUCGAGGUCGGGCGAAAGACGCGGAAAUUGCCUCAAAUCAAGCGCCGGGAUCCUUAUCAAGGGGUCUUGUCGCACGUGCAAAACAACUGAGACAUAAAUAACAGAACUAAUGCAGGGUACAAUAAGUUUAAUCAGACAAUUCUCAACCACUUAAUUUGACACCAAAUUGAGAGCCUAAAACCAAAAAAAAAAACGCCUGCAAGGAACCAAUUCUUGGCAUCGGCGCAAGUUCGUCUGCCGAUACGGUAGGUCCUCGAAUAUGGAUAUAUGUAAAAUAAUUAUGGAAACGAGGGCGGUGACUAUUUGAAACUCCACUUUCGGCGGGUCCAUUUGGAGUGAGUGGAUGGCCCCUUGACGGAAAUCCCCACCAAUUACAAUCAGUUCUGCGGGGCGUGAAAAGCUGUCAAAAACACGGGAGGCGAGAGGUGAAGGGGAUAAAGACCUAAUAAAUGCCUGCACACCCAUCCUAACACGGCUACCGGGUAUUCUCCUCUUGACCUUUUGAGGCGCCUCGAAAACGGAUUUGUAGUGCCUGAGGGCUCCCCGGGUAGAAGAACAAUCCAAUCAGGAAAUCCCCUCGGCUCCAUUGUCUCCGGCACAAAAAGCAGGGCCCGGAGUCGGGGCCGAAAAGCUUGCGGAAAGUUGAAAAGAAAAGGAGAAUCUCGGGUCCGAUGAUUACCGCGCGUCUUUAAGGCCAGGAGGAUUCCGCGAAUCCCCUUUCCGUGCGAAAGACGAUGUUGGACAUGGACCGGUCCGGGAGAGAAGGCCCGGAAUGCGGGAAGAGACCGGUCCCACGGUGAUGGCGGGCUCGUGGGAAUCUCCUGAGCACGGUCGGAGGGGAAUGUCUGAAGCCGGAGGACCAGAGUCGCAUCCAUUAACAUAA